UUGGCUGUAUUUCUUAAUGUUUCUUGUAUUGUGGGUUCCAUGGCUGUAUUUCUUAAUGUUUCUUGUAUUGUGAGUUCACUUGGCUGUAUUUCUCAAUGUUUCCUGUGUUGUGGGUUCCCUUGGCUGUAUUUCUUAAUGUUUCUUGUAUUGUGGGUUCCAUGGCUGUAUUUCUUAAUGUUUCCUGUGUUGUGGGUUCCCUUGGCUGUAUUUCUUAAUGUUUCUUGUAUUGUGGGUUCCAUGGCUGUAUUUCUUAAUGUUUCCUGUGUUGUGGGUUCCCUUGGCUGUAUUUCUUAAUGUUUCUUGUAUUGUGGGUUCCCUUGGCUGUAUUUCUUAAUGUUUCUUGUAUUGUGGGUUCCCUUGGCUGUAUUUCUUAAUGUUUCUUGUACUGUGAGUUCACUUGGCUGUAUUUCUUAAUGUUUCUUGUAUUGUGAGUUCACUUGGCUGUAUUUCUUAAUGUUUCUUGUAUUGUGAGUUCACUUGGCUGUAUUUCUUAAUGUUUCUUGUAUUGCGGGUUCACUUGGCUGUAUUUCUUAAUGUUUCUUGUAUUGUGAGUUCACUUGGCUGUAUUUCUUAAUGUUUCUUGUAUUGUGGGUUCCAUGGCUGUAUUUCUUAAUGUUUCUUGUAUUGUGGGUUCCAUGGCUGUAUUUCUUAAUGUUUCUUGUACUGUGAGUUCACUUGGCUGUAUUUCUUAAUGUUUCUUGUAUUGUGAGUUCACUUGGCUGUAUUUCUUAAUGUUUCUUGUAUUGUGAGUUCACUUGGCUGUAUUUCUUAAUGUUUCCUGUGUUGUGGGUUCUCUUGGCUGUAUUUUUUAAUGUUUCUUGUAUUGUGGGUUCCCUUGCCUUGGCUGUAUUUCUUAAUGUUUCUUGUAUUGUGGGUUCUAUGGCUGUUUUUCUUAAUAUUUCUUGUAUUGGGAGUUCCCUUGCCUUGGCUGUAUUUGUAUUUAUUUUGCAGCAGCUCUGUUGAAAUGGCGAAGAAGCUGCUGCUGGUGGAUGCAGACUGUGGUGUGGAUGAUGCUCAGGCAUUAAUGAUGGCCCUGGCUGCCCCCCAGGUUCAGGUGCUGGGGGUGACCUGCUGCUUUGGGAACGCACCCAUUGAGAACGUGUGCAGAAAUACACUCAGGGUCCUGAGAGUGUGCAACAGGACCGAGAUUCCUGUGUUUCGCGGAGCAGCCUCCUCACUAGUAGGAACUCAAGCAAGCCUUUCCUUCGAUCACUUCGGGACAGACGGACUAGGCGACACUCCAGAUGAGGCACACACAGGGACGGAGUAUGUGCAGAAAGAGCAUGCAGUCAAUGCCCUGAUCAGAAUAGUGUGUGAGCACGAGGGCCAGGUUUCUCUAGUUGCUGUUGGCCCCUUGACUAACCUGGCCCUUGCUGUACGAAUGGACCCGACUUUCCCUCAGAAACUCAAGGACCUGUAUAUUAUGGGAGGGAACAUGGAAGGUAAAGGGAACAGGACUGUCUGCGGAGAGUUCAAUUUCGUGAUGGACCCGGAAGCUGCUUAUGUCGUUCUCAAUGAGUUUUCCUGCCCUAUGUACAUUGCCACCUGGGACUUCACUUGUCGUAACAAGCUGCCAUGGGAAUUCUUUGAUGAAUGGGUGAGCCAGGAUGGUGACAAGGCUGCCUUUAUGAAGAGGAUCACGUCUCAGUGCAGGGCCUAUUCCAGAGCCACAUCCAGAAAGGAUGUGCUGUUCGGAGCUGGCUUUGUAUCCUACGACUCGUAUGCCAUGGCAGCCGCUAUAGACAGCAGUGUAAUGAGUGGGAGCAUCGAGUGCUCAGUCAGUGUGGAGCUGCGAGGAGAACUAACCAGAGGCAUGAUGAUCCUGGAUCCCAGUCACAACCUGAACAAGAAGCACAAGGCCUUCCUCAUGAAGGAGUGGGACAUGAACAAGUUCACACAGCUGCUCAUGGCUGCUUUAAAGCAGAGCUGCUGAAUCACCACCCAGGAUACCUUGCACAACACAAAGCAUUACUGUACCUUUAAAUAAGGCAGAGCUGCUGAAUCACCACCCAGGAUACCCUGCACAACACAAAGCAUUACUGUACCUUUAAAUAAAUCAUAGCUGCUGAAUCACCACCCAGGAAACCCUGCACAACACAAAGCAUUACUGUACCUUUAAAUAAAGCAUAGCUGCUGAAUCACCACCCAGGAUACCCUGCACAACACAAAGCAUUACUGUACCUUUAAAUAAAGCAGAGCUGCUGAAUCACCACCCAGGAUACCCUGCACAACACAAAGCCAUUAAAUAAAAUCUGAUUCCCCUUUACCACAGCAUGUGUGUGUUUCAUCA